UGCAUUUAUACUUUGCUAUUCCGCAGCUGAAUAAGAAUGCCCAGCUUAGGAAAGAUUGGCAUAUACAAGGAAGCCAGAAAUUGGGCUGAACAAAAGUUGCAAGUGCAUUACUGGAUUCCUUAAACCAGCAAAUGUCAAUAGUCUCCACUUACUUGCCAGAAUCACUCCGCCAGACUUGAGGAGAGCAAUAGCAAGCACAACAGAAUACAUCCAGCAAACUGAAGAUAAAAGGCACCCACUAUAUAUGGCUACAUUGCAGCUUCCAGUAGACUAAAAUCAUGGAAAAGUUUCCUCUCCACAACGCAGCCACCGGAUGAAAAGCUGACAGCCACAUGAAAAAAAUGCAGCAGACAUGACUACAGAUGACCCAGGAGGGAGUUAGAAUGAAUAUCAAAACUGCCAAACAUUUCUCUGAAGGAGCCUGAAGGUUCUGGCAUGUCCAUGGCUGAGGUUCCAACUAUUAAAGACAUAGAGCAGCUUUUGAAUACUGGGCGCCCUUCUUGUAAUCAUGUUGAUGAAGUAUGGCCUGACCUCUUUUUAGGAGACCUAGUUACAGCUCACAACAGGUUUGGUUUAUGGAAGAUGGGCAUCACUCAUGUUCUAAAUGCUGCCCAUGGUACAAUGUUCUGCCAAGGAGGACAUGACUUUUAUGGCACUACUAUUGACUACUAUGGUAUACCAGCCUAUGACCUUCCGGACUUCAAUAUUAGCCAAUAUUUUUCAUCUGCAGCAGAAUUUAUACAUAAAGCUUUGAACACACCUGGAGCAAAAAUUUUGGUGCAUUGUGCAGUUGGAAUGAGCAGGUCAGCUACUCUGGUAUUGGCUUACCUCAUGAUAAAACACCAGCUUUCAUUGGUCAAAGCCAUUGAAACAGUGAAGGAACAUCGAUGGAUUUCACCUAAUCGAGGAUUUUUGAAACAACUGAGAAAUUUAGACAUACAGCUAAAGCAAAAAAUAGGCUGCUGAUCAAUGAAUGGAGCAGAAUAAUUUUUAAGUCACUUUUUAAAUGUCAAGGAAUGUUUUAAUGAACUUUCAUUCUUCAUAACCAUUGCAUGCAUUAUUAAACAUUAUCUAGUUACAUGUUGGCAAACAUUACAGUAUACAUGUUGGUAAAAAAUAAAAAAUGCAGACUGGAAAACAAAAUAACCACAGCA